AGCAGCCGCCCGCUGGAGGAGUGGGAAGGAAUUCUCCCGGUAUUGUCCGCAGAGCAUCCCCCAGGCGUGCGUUGCUGGGAAAGGGGGCAGGAUGUACACAGCGGGGACGGAAAGCUUCCUACGCCAGGCCAGGAAAAUCCAGGAUGAAGAACUGAAAAAAUUCACUUCUCGAAUCGCAGGCCUCCUCCAAAAUCAGGAUUUUGGGAAUGAAACUAUUGAUUGCUUGCAAAGAUUAUUCCUUAUUGUCUCAGCUACCAAAUAUGGACGAAAAUUGGAUGGCAAAUUUGUGGAACUCCUGCAGGCAGCGUUGCAGCCGCCCAAGUCCUCCAAGCAAGUCCAGGUUUUGUGUGCUGCAAUCCUGAGAGAAAUGCUGCCGGGCAACGACCUGUCUGUGUCUUGGGAUAAGAUCCAGGACACCGAGCUCUUGAGUCUAACGUUCCCCAUCAUGUUGGCCCAGGGCAAUGCAAAGGCAGAGGCAGAAGCCGUGGGGCAGCGGCUGGUCAGAGCCCUGGAAGGCAGACUGCCCGAAGGCCAGAGCGCUUGGCAUCUCCUGCCUCUCCUGUCAAAGGUUAUCAGCCUGGCGCCAGCAAGCCUCAACGAAGACCAGAUCAACCUUCUUAGCAAGCGAAUGGUGGACUGGCUGAGGUAUGCCAGUGUUCAGCAAGGAAUUCCCCAGUCCUCCGGAGGCUUCUUCAACCCCCGCGCACGGCAGCCUGGCCCCAUCACAGAGGUGGACGGGACGGUCGCCACCGACUUCUUCACCGUGCUGUCGGUCGGCCAGCAUUACACGGAGGACCAGUGGCUGAACAUGCAGGCCUUCUCCAUGCUGCGGAAGUGGCUCUCGUGCUACGGGUGUGGCGGGGCGAGUGGUCUGAACUCAGAUGACAAAUCGGAGGUGGACGGCUCAGUCAUGUCGAUGGUCUCGGUCACCUCCAGCUCCAGCCGCUUGCUCCCCCCAAAAGAGCGCUUGAGGGAGAAGGCCUUCGAGUACUGCCAGCGGCUUCUGGAGCAGAGCAAUCGCCGGGCCCUGAAGAAGGCAGAUGCGGAGCUACAGAAAGCGUGUCUCAUCGAAGCCGUUGCCGUAAUGGACCUAAUUUGCAAGCAAGACUCCUCCUAUGUCUACCGCUCCCUCUCCUGCCUGAAGAUCUUGCACGGCCGGAUCAGCGGGGACCUUUCCCACGCUCGAGCGCUGCUGCCGAUUGCCCAGUUCUUCCUGAACCACAGUGAGACGGCGGCUGUCGACUCGGAAGCAGUAUACAAACACCUGUUCACCAAAGUGCCAGCACAGCUCUUCCAUAGCCCGAUGCUGGCUUUCGAGUUUGUCCAGUUCUGCCGGCACAACGUUUCUUUCUUUGAGGAGAAUCUCUCCGUCUUCCGCCAGAGCAUCCCAAACCUGUUCAAGUUCCUUGCAUGGAACAGCCCAGCCCUGAUUGCUGAAUUCAUGGACCUUCUACCAGCCCUGCUCGGGGCAGAUAAUGCCGUGGAGAUCUUCCAUCUGUUGCUGGACCUGCCGUGUUUAACGGCCGCCUUGGACAUCCAGUUGAGGUGUGCCCAGAUGCCGAUGUCCGAGCGAACCGCUUUGGACCCGGGGCUGAAGCCAUCCACCUGCCUGGAAGCCUUCCGUCACCCCCAGUACCGGGGCCUCUUCCAGUACCUCCUCCGGGCCGAGUCUGCUCCAGGAGACGCUGGCAGGUUGACUCCCCUCCGCCAGCUGCUGGCUGCCAUGGGCAGUGCCCCCCGCGUGGGGUUGUGUGCCGAGAGCGUCCCUGUCUUGCUGCAGCUCUUCUUCGGGGUGGUGGCUGAGUUUGCGGACGGAGCCCUCGCCAACAAGCUGGUCCUGGCAUUGCUGGAAAGGAGCAGCCAGCUCUACGAGAUCCCCGCUUUCAAAGCCGAGAUGCACCAGGUGAUGGGCGCGCAGCUGCCCGUUCUAUGCAAACGACACCCAUCGCUGGUAGUGGAGCUCUCCAAGCCGCUCCUGGAGUUUUCGGGAACCGUCACCAACAUUCAGAACAAGGAGGGGAUCUUCACCCAUGUGGUGUGGGCCAUUGGCGAGUACGCCUCGGUCCAGCACGACCGGCGGUGCACCGUGGAGCAGAUCAACAAGUUCUUCGAGGCCCUGGAGGCCAUGCUCUUUGAGAUCACGCAGCUGCGGCCCUCCGCCAGCCUCCCCAAGCACGCCCCCCGGGUCAUCACCGUCCUCAUGACCGCCCUGACCAAGCUGGCGUCGCGCAGCCAGGACUUGAUCCCAAGGGUGUCCCUCUUCUUGUCCAAAAUGAGGCUGUUCGUCCAGAGCCCCUCCGCCGGAUACAGCCCCGAGGACGCGGAAGCCAUCCUGACGCGGGCCACUGAGCUGUCGAACCUGCUGAGAAUGCCCAGCGUGGCUCAGUUCGUGCUGACGCCCUCAGACGAGGUCUCCAGCCCCCGCUUCCACCGGGACGCGCACGUCUCCCUGCCGCUCGCCAUGAAGACGGUCAGCCAGCUGUUGGAAGGAGGGACGGGUUCCGUUCCAGCCUGAGCAGCAAGGUCUGAAGCACGUUGGAGUCACCGGCUGCGGUGGGGACGUCUUUGCCAUCACCGUUUGGGCAAACUUGGGAAGGGGGUGCAGGUUACCCUUCUGAGGGGCAGACCUCCUGGUAAGAGGAUACAGGAUUGUGUAUAAUGCGGAAGAAUCAAAACCUGAACUUUUUUUAUGUUAGCGUGAUUGACACGUUCUGAGUCUCCUCUAUUACACACACAGCAUAUUGCUGGAAC